AUGGUCACUUUUGAACCUGAAGAUGGGACAGAUGCAGAAAAUCUGGAGACAGUCUGGAAGCAGAUUUAUAAUAUCUCAUCCUCUCAACGACUUGACAUGCUACCUCAGCUUUUUGGAUUGGCUCAUUCAAGAACACCAACCCUAAUAUUCCACGAUGUGUUCAUCAGUGGAGGUGCUAUAUUCAGUCAGUUUGGCAUUGAUACACCAGUUGUUAGGAAUUAUCUUUGGUAUAAAAUGUACCGCUCAUUCUAUGCCAUGAUAACCAACAGUGAUAUGCGGAGACUAUUGAAAAAUGCUCAUUCAAUCAAUCAUGAAGAAUGGGUUUUCAACUUCAGAAGCAAUGUUUGGCAGUAUGAAUUCACAUCAUCCUUUUCUGAAUUUCCUCAGUCCAGCAGCAGCAGACCUCUAUUCAUUAGCUUUCAGCUAAUAAACCAAUCUUAUCAGAAUUUAUGCCUUGAACCUAAGGCAAUCAUUGAUGGUCUUCAGGAAGAGUUCUUCAAGUUGGUUACCUCAAUUGGAGCCAUGCACAUCAUUCCAGAUUGCUUUAUACCCCAUAACUUACUUCCAUUUGGAGCCAUUAUUGAUUGGGAGAAGUCUUGUAUUCUGGCACAUCUCCCUUCCAUACCAUCCCCUGAAUGGUGCUUUUAUCUCAGCACACAUGGAGUCAAGGCCAGGCUUUCAGAAUCAGCUUCAGGUCGUGUUGACCUGAUAUUUGAUGACCCUGGAGUAAAUAUAAUCAGACUACGGAUCAGGUUGCAAAUACCUUCUGAUGAACAGGAACAACUUCGAUGUGCAUAUCUGAGUCAAUCACUCCAAUUUUUCAAGGAUAUUGGUCAUCCUAAAGCCUCUUGGAACAGUGUAUUGCUCAUGGAUGAAGUCUACUUUAUUCUGACUGGAACUUUCACCUCCAACUUUAUUCAUAACUUCUCAACUAAAGUCUACCUAUUUAUUCAACCACUUCUUUCAAUAGCUCCCAAACAGAUCAACAAUAUGCCAUGUCUCCAUUGGCCUUUGGACAGCCAGGUGUACUAUUGGUCCUCUGAUUCCAAUGGGAAGACACCAAUACCAAAGGAGAAUUGGGCACAGUAUGAGAUUCCAACACUGGAUUUGUAUACAUACAUUGGGACUUCAUGGGAUCAGUUUGAUUAUGCAUCUGUGGAAGAAUACCUGACAAUCAAGGGGUAUGAUCCGUACAGUGAUGAGUAUGCAAGGGUGCAUGGAUAUCAAAUUAUAAACCUGUGGGAUCCACAUACUGGGGAUGAAUGGGUUCAUCUAGAAAGUCAGGAAUGGACAAACACUGAAGGCCAACUUGGUGCAGAGGGCCUAGGAUCCAAUGAAGCUUUGAAGAAUCUGAGAAGUGAUAAAUUCAUGAGCUGGCUAACAAGGGGUUGGCUAAAACAUAGUCAUGGUGCAGUCUGUACAGCCAAAGACAACCUCAAGCAAAUUACCCCAGAAGUUGACAGUGAAGAUGAUGAUAUAUUCUCCAUUGUAUCUGAUUUGCCAAAUGCUUAG